CUGCCGCUAAUCCAUUGGCUGUUUGCGCCAGGAAGAGCAGGGGUGGGAACGGAACACGCUGAACCACGUUUCUUGUGGAUCCAAACUUGGUGGCUAAUGCCCCCCCUCCUCGUUUACUCCGGUUAUUGGUGGAAGUUACGCAGCUCAGGUGGUUGCCUUAGCAAUGGAUGGGGAGUCGGAACCAAACCCUGCCGUAGCAGAAGAGGCAGGGGAACAAGUGGAGCCCAUGGACGCUACUCAAUCCCCACAUCAGCCAGCCACGCCCCCCCAGGGGACCAAGGAUGCAGUUUCCAUGGAAACGGAAGAUGGAGUCACAAUCGAUGGCGUGGCUAAGGACAGUGAAGAUGAUGUGGUGGUGUUAGACGAAGAUGCUCCCCAGCCUUCAUCCACAACUCCUUCCCAGGACAUGCCCAGCACAGACUGCCACGAGUCAACUGCAGCUUCAGCAGCAGUUGACCCGUCAAAGGCAGUCACGCCUCCUCUGGACAACAGUCCACCUGCCAUAUCAUCAGAGGCCGUACCUUCUAAUCCUUCAUCUAAUGCUGCGGAGCCUAUUAUCAUUGACGACGAGGAAGAGGACACUGGACACAAAGACGACUCCAACUCCCCUCGGGUGCCCCCUGGAGACUCCUCCUCUCACUCACCAGGCACCCUCAGCAGCACGGAGCCAGACUCUGAGAUCAGGAUUUCAAGUGUCACAACACUGGGCCAAAGACAAACCCUGCAACCUUCCAUGGAGGAUGAUACAGAUAUGAGCCUGAUGAUAACGUCUGUAACAUCGUUGCAGGGAGACGCUGCAGCUGUCGUGAAAAACAAGCAGAAAAAUUGUCUCCAGGAUGGUGAGGGCUUGAGAGAGGAAAAUGAUCUGCAGAUCAGCAACACCUUCACUCUGAAUACUGACAGCUUGGCUGGUCAACCUCAGGCAUCCUUUAACCCUGGAAGGGGGUCAGGGUCUGCUGGUGAGCUGGUACAGAAUGGAGACACAGACACACACAACAAAGCAGAUUCAUGGAUCUCUCAGUCUGCGUCAGCACCUCGCAACCAUAAACAGACAGGAGUGGAUUCUCCAUCACCUGCCACCUCUCUUCCCAAACCUCCAGGACAGUCUUCCUCUUCCUCUCCUGGAUCUCAGGCACAGCCCAGGACAGUAAAGGUGACCUGUGCAAACUGCAAAAAGCCUCUGAAGAAAGGCCAGACAGCCUACCAACGGAAAGGCUCCACACACCUGUUCUGCUCCACCACCUGUCUCUCUGCCUUCUCACACAAACCCGCCCCAAAGAAAAGCUGUACCAUGUGCAAAAAGGACAUAACAAACAUGAAGGGUACCAUCGUGGCCCAGGUUGACUCGAGCGAGUCCUUCCAAGAGUUCUGUAGCACUGGUUGCCUUGCUGCAUACGAGAACAAGCAAAACACACCUAAGCCAGGCCUCAAAACCAAAUGUACUGUCUGCGGCAAACUUACAGAGAUCCGACACGAAGUUAGCUUCAAGACUGUAACGCAUAAGAUCUGCAGCGACGCUUGUUUUAACGUGUACCGCCGCGCCAACGGCCUGAUCAUGAACUGCUGCGAGCAAUGUGGCGACUACCUUCCAAACCGUGCAUCAGCUAACCACUUCCUGCUGGUGGACGGUCAACAGAAACGUUUCUGCUGCCACAACUGUCUCAGGGACUUCAAGCAGGCACACAGUAAACUAGCCAGCUGCCGGAACUGCAAAACACUCAUCAAAACCGGUGAGGUUCUCCACAGCUUCGGACCAGGGGGCACCAUGGGAACCUACUGCUCCGUUAGCUGCAUGAAUAAGGGAAAGCUAUCGGCGUCAACCUUCCAAAAUGCAGAGCCAACAUGUCACUUCUGUAAAAGGAAUUCCUUGCCUCAGUAUCAGGCCACUUUGCCGGAGGGAAACGUCCUCAACUUCUGCAGCUCACAGUGUGUCACGAAGUUCCAGAACGCAACACUGCAGACCAACACAAACGGACAGACAUCAGUCUCCAACGACAAUGAAAAGGUUCAGCUCAAGUGUAACUACUGUCGAGGCGCAUUCAGUAUGAAACCAGAAACCCUGGAGUGGGAGGAUAAGGUCUACCACUUCUGUAGUAAAGUCUGUUGUGACGAUUACAAAAAGCUGCAUUGCAUCGUCACGUCCUGCGAGUACUGUCAAGAGGAGAAGACACUCCAUGAGACAGUCAAUGUAUCUGGGGUCAAGAAACCAUUCUGCAGCGAAGGUUGUAAGCUGUUGUUCAAGCAGGAUUUCAUCAAGCGGUUGGGUCUAAAGUGUGUGACUUGUAACCACUGCAGUCAACUCUGCAAGAGAGGAGUGACUCGGCAGCUCGGUGGCAUGACUCGUGACUUCUGUAGUGAGACAUGCGCCAAGAGAUUUCAUGAUUGGUACCACAAGGCGGCGCGGUGUGACUGCUGCAAGGUGCAGGGUAAUCUGACUGAGUCCGUUAUGUGGAGGACGGAAAUGAAACACUUCUGCGACCAGCAGUGCUUGCUGAAGUUCUACCUGCAGCAGAAUGACCCGAUCAUGGUGACGCAGAAAGGUCCCGAAAACACAACUCUGGGGCUGGAUGUCCAAGGGGCUAAAGUCGGGUUGGUGAACCAGGGCACUGUACCGUACGCCAGUGGAAACUUGAUAAGAGAUGUGAAGAACAAGGCCGUGCUCUGCAAACCCCUCACUCUCACCAAGGCCACCUACUGCAAACCACACAUGCAGAGUAAACAUCUUCAAACAGAUGCUGAUGAUGGUGUUAAGAGAGAGUUUAUUCCAGUGCCCAUUCCUGUGCCCGUCUAUAUCCCUAUGCCCAUGAACAUGUACACCCAGGUCACUCCAAUGCCGUUCUCCAUGCCUGUACCGCUUCCUGUGCCUGUGUUCGUGCCCACGACUCUAUCGGGGGCCGAUGAGAUUGUCCGGACCCUGAAUGAGCUGAAGUCUGAAAUGGCACCUGACCUCCCAGAAACUGACCCACUGUCUGGAGAGAGUAUUUCAGAAGACCAUAAACCAGAUGUAAAGCCAGUCAAGGUAAAAGGGGAGCAGAGUGGAGCAGAAACCAGCUGCUUGAAAAAUGAGAAAGUAGAAAUAAAAGAAGACGAUGACGAUAUGUAUGAGCCCGACUUGGACCUUGAGGCUGAUUUCCCCCAAGGCUCUGAUCAAAUUCGGGCUGUGGAAGGGACAGAUAAUGCCAAGGGCUUGUCUUUACCUCCAGUCUCAACAGAGGAAAAUGAGGAGCAAGAGAAGAAGUCACCAGAGGAGCCACUGCUUCGACCUCGGCCCAAAAGAACGGGGAGCAAGAAGAUGGCAGUGGAGACGGGAUCAGAUUUAUCCUUGUCUUCCUCUCCACUGGCUGCGAGACAGUCAGAAGGAAGUCUGCUGCACUUCAAAGCUUGCUAUGGGAUCAAUGCAUGGAAGCGCUGGGUACUGACGAGUUCUGACUCUAAAGUGAAGGACAAUAAACAAGCCCUGCCUUGGCCCAAGAGCAGCUUGCUGUCCUUGAGUUCAGAGGAGCUCAAUGUGUCCUUGUCCCGGUUUGUCAGGGAAGUGUGUCGGCCUGGUGGUGAGCGCUACUCACCAGACAGCAUUCUCUACCUCUGUCUGGGCAUCCAGCAGUACCUCCACUCCAAAGGCCGAACGGAUGACCUGUUCAGUGACCCCUGCUUCGACCAGUUUGGGGAAGAGCUAAACACAGUUCUGAAAGACUGGAAGCCCAAUGUGCUGUCUAAUGGCUCACCAUGGAGUCGACUCGGGGAGGAGAGUCUGUGGAGCAGCCAGCAGCUGGGCGAGCACAGUCCUGCCUCGCUGCUGCGCUCUCUGGUCUACCUGAACACCAAAUACUUCGGACUGCGCACUGUUGAGCAGCACCUCCAACUCUCUUUUGCAAAUGUCUACGGUCCAGACACCGUCCAUCCUGUUACCAAGGAAACCACAGUCUGCAUCCGCGUGCCUUCCAUCUCUCAGGAUCAUCCAGUUCAAACAGGGUCCAGGAAGAGGAAGCGAAAGUUGGAGGACGACAGCCAUGACUAUGAUCCCGAUGAUGACUCGGGUGGCUCAACAGCGUUGUCUUCCAUCAAGGAGAAUGAGCGCCAUCUCUACGAGCUCUACAGAUCCAAAUGCCCGACGUUGUUGUCCGAGAGUUCCGACGUCUUCUAUGUCCAGCCUGAUCCCACCGUUGGUCCUGACGCUGCCCUCUGGUUCAGCUCCACACCUCUGGAACGGGAAACUCUGGAGCGCCUUCUCACCAGAGUCCUCAUGGUCCGAGAUGUUUACACUGAACCCAAGCACGUGGAGGGAAACGACAAGGGUGUCAGUGAGAGUGGCGAGCAAGUCGAUGGAGAGUAGCAGCUGCGUUAGACUUUGUUAGAAGUAGCAGAAGAGGUGAUGAGUUGUGUACAGGUGUGCAUCUUCCUCCAGUGCUCGCUCAGUCCUCCUGGUGAGGGUUCAUCCACAAAUGGAGUCAGAGUGGAAAGGAAGAGCAGCGAAGCCUGCGAGUGAUCUCAGCUGGAGGUGAUGUUGCGAAUAGUCUAACAAUAAUACUAUGUAUUCUUUAGGAACUUUAGAACAAAACCUAUUGCAGCGUAGGAGACUUGUUGUGAACCAGCGAUGGCAGAACUGAGCUGCCGUGACGCCGCUGUCACAUGAGGUGGUGCCGAACAGCUGUACAGGAGGAACAGUGUCUUUUUAAGUUUACAGUAGGAAGUUACAAUCAAACAGAAGGAUCAGGUCUGAGAAUAUCUGAACGACUGUUGAAGAGUAGUACAUUUCCCUGCACUAUGAUCCAUGUUUCACCCUCAAAUGGCUGACGUCAGCACGCAUGACUCAUGCUUACACACCUACUAUCUUGCCUGUAUUCAGCUAAGCACCGGUCUCCGGUUCCCAGUCCAGGGUCAGCUGCUGCGGCGUGUGCCGGUUUUGGAGUCGGCGCUCGUGGACAUGACAAGUGUGUUGAAUUCCAGGCUAAAUAUCUCUGUGUCGAGUCCCUGCUACUCUUCAACAUUCACUUAAACUAUCCACUACCUCUAGAUGAAUCUGUCGCUCACAGUCCAGAACCCACGCCCGCCAAGAAAAGUCAUCAUCUCUAUGCAACUUAAUCAGGUCCAAUAAUGGUCGGUGAGAAUGUCAGGUAUCAGUUCGACGUCACAGAAGUUUUCUAAUCACAAGUGUCCCGCUAAGCCUGCGUCCAGAAGCUGCUCUCUCAUCCUCACGUCGCCGCCUCCUACAGCUCUGAAAGACUGGCCUCCCCUCCUCUACAGACUGAGAAAGAACUCUCCUCCUACCUACAUGCUGCAUCUUUCUUUGUGUGAUGUAGCGACCCGAAUCUGCUCGGAGUGUAAAUAUCUGGCACAGGGACACUGAAGUUUAGGAAACUCACUUUAGCUUACAGAGAUCAGCUAUUUUACAUAGUCUGGUUAUUUAUUUCCUUGUUAGACUCGGCUGCCUCUUUUUCCUGAGGUUGGGUGUUUCUUCCCGACUAUUCACUGAAAACCAGCUGUUCCCUGCUCCCCCACACCUCCCCUCUUCAUGAAAGUGCAGGAUACCAUUUGACAUGAAGGACCCUUCCUCUUUUUGUCUUCUAAUAAAAUGCUUUUGGGGUUUUUUUCUACGUUAAGAAUUGGGAUUUUCUCAUUAAUUUGUGUUCUGUGUAGAUUUUUUUUUUUUUUGGCUUGAAUGGUGAUGUCUCUGCUCUUGGGCCACUUUUACAGUUGUGCAAGUCUUCUCUGUAUACAUUUGGGAGCGUGUCAUUAAAGGCCUAAAUGACUUCCAUGAAGCAUUGGAUCCAGAAGCAGCCACCAUUCAUCUCAGUUGCUCACUCAAACAGCACAGUCUUCACUGCAUCUCCUGAUGUUCCAGGUUCACCCAGCUUCAGUUCUUCAGAUAUAUUUUUAUGCCCGAGACUGAGGCGAAGUGGACGUCCGAGGGAUGACGCAAGUCAGAAUCCCUGACCCAAAAUGAAACCUUUAAAACUUGAAUGUCAACAUUGUCCGAACUGCAUCAGAAGACUCUGGCCGACUGACGGAACCGCGCUGGACUCCCGAGGCAGCGACGCUUGGCUGCCGUGGCUCUACAGCCAAAUGUGAAUGUGCCUAAACUGUAAAUACUGAGAGUGACUGUGACUCCAGUCUGAUGCUGUGUGUCUUCUGAUCU